UCCAUUUUGAUGCACAACCAACACAACUGUGAUUACUGGAUACUUACUUCGUGUCUCUAUUAACCUUUUUCUCUGCAACACGGGGCGAGAUGGAUCCAUCCAGGAGGAGCGAGGAUGACUGGCAGGGGCUGGUCAAUGAGUUUAUAAUCUGCAAGCGGAAGCUGGAGAGCAAGAAAGAAGCUCUUCUGAUUCUGUCUAAAGAGCUGGACACCUGUCAGCAGGAGAGGGAUCAGUACAAGCUGAUGGCUAACCAGCUCCGCGAGCGGCACCAAGGACUGAAGAAGAAGUACAGAGAGCUCAUUGAUGGAGAUCCCUCUCUUCCUCCUGAGAAAAGGACCCAAGUAAAUUUAGCCCAGGUACUGAGAGAUUCAAGAAAAAAGAGUAAUGAACUUUCUGAGGAGGUGAAGGAGCUGAAACAACGACUGGUGGAAGCUCAGGGUGAUAACAAGCUUCUAAGGAUGACCAUCACCAAACAGAGGCUGGGAGGCGAGGAGGUCGGCACUCGACACUUUCCUGCACAUGAACGAGAGGAUCUGGUCAGACAGUUAGAAAGAGCCAGAGAGCAGAACGAGGUGCUGGAGCACAGCGUGAAGUCGCUCACAGAUGAGCUUCAGGAUGUUCGAGCAGAGCGAGAUGUGUUUCAACAGAAGGCUCAUCGUCUCAAUGUGGAAAUGAAUCACAUCAUAGGGAAUGAUGAGAGUCGCAUUUUAGAUAUAGAUGCACUCUGCAUGGAGAACAGGUAUUUGCAUGAACGGCUCAGUCAACUUCAGGAGGAGGUCAACUUGCUGAAAACAAACCUGGUCAAGUACAAGAGUGCCCUGGAGUGCAGGAAAACCUCUAAAGGCUGUGGUAAACCCAACAGCAGCGCGCUUACUGGAGUGCUCUCUGCCAAACAAGUGAAGGAACUGUUACUCUCUGAAGAAAACAGCUGCAGUUUGCCAGUGACUCCUCAGUCCAUCUCAGACCUUAAGUCUCUCGCCACAGCUCUGCUGGAAACCAUCCACGAGAAGAACAUGGUCGUUCAGCACCAACGCCAGAUCAACAAGAUUCUUGGAAAUCGAGUAGCAGAGCUGGAGAAAAAACUAAAAACAUUAGAGAUGUCAGGAUUAUGGAGCCUGCCAGGCCUGACUUAUAAUGUGUCUCUGGGAAUAUAUGGAAGAAAAGACACCAUCCUCCUGAAUGCUCAGCAGGCUAAGUCACCAGAUUCUCUGCAACAGGAGUGUGACACGGAGUCCAAAGAUAUACCUACCGAGCAGCAGAGCUCUGCAGAAGUUCCAAAUCAACACAGUAAAACACCAGCUUUGUCACAUUUUCAGGAAGAGGCGCUAUCACUAUCUAGGGUGGAGACGUCCCAACAACACUCCUCACACCAGUCAACUGAUGAAAAGCCAGCCAGCCGCCAGACAGAAACACCAAAGGGUGACGAGCGUCACGACAGUAGCCGCACACACAUCACAGUGGAUUUAACUGCUCUGAUGAAAGAAGAAGACUAUGUGAGUGAUUCCCCUCCCUCAGUGACAGAUGUGGAUGCACCCCAUCCUUCACACCCUUGCCACUUACAGGAUGAAUCAGAUGAAACAUUUGAAACCAAGUGUAUCAUAACAGAGGAAAACAUUCAUAUUGCUUCAUCUGCCACUGUCUUUACUUCCGCUGAUGAAGAGCAGAAGGAUGUUCAGCCAAAGCAGCAGACAGAGCUUUUAGAUGAAACAGAUGUUAGUCAGAAAAUCUGAAGUCUUCCAUGAGUUGUUCACAUGUCGCAGAGCAUGGGGAGAACAUUUUAUAAUAAUGACAAGAGAUACAUUUAUAAUAUAAUGCUACAUAAUUUAUUUUUUGAAUCACAAAAAAAUCUGGAGUGAUAAUAUUGAAAUGUUAGGAUUAACAGAUGGUAUGUUGCUAGUACUAGUAACUAGUAGUUGUCUACAUUUUCAGUUGAUUGUUGUCUUUGAACGCAGGCACCUACACGGGUUUUUCUGUCAGUCCAAGACAUACAGUAUGUAGAAGUACAUUAUCGCCUCAAAAAUGGUUACAGGGACACUACAUAAAGGGUUUUCUGUCAGUCAUAAGAAUUUUUCAAACCUAAAAAGUUUCCAGGCCUGAGAUCAUGUUGUCUCAUAUACAGUUAUAACUUAUAUCAAAAUGUCCAAACAUAUGUAAAUGUCCAGUUGUUACACCUAUAUGUGACUGCUGAACUUCUCAAUCCAGAAGCAUAGCUGCUGAUAUGCAGCUGUAACUGACCAAACUCUUCUGAAAAGGAUUUCCAUGAGGACCUGGCUGCAGGAUGAGCAUCCAUCUAAUCUGAACAAUGUCUAAACUAAGCUUUAUUGUGUUCAAACAUAUUCGGCCUCUCCCUGUGCCUGCGUGGGUUCUCCCCGGGUACUCUGGCUUCCUCCCGCAGUCCAAAGGCAUUCAGCUUAGGUGACUCUAAAUUGCCUGCAGGAGUGAGUGCGAAUGUGUGUGAUCGUCUGGUGGUCAGCCCUGUAAAAGACUGGCGACCUGUCCAGGGUGUACCCCGCCUCUCGCCCAAUGUCAGCUGGGAC